CCGCGCGCCGGGGGCGGGGCCGGGGCAGCGCGAGGCCGGCGCGGGAGCGGCUGAGAGUUACAAAAAUGAAGCAAACCUGGAGCUUCAGCAGAAAAAUGACCUUGGAUUCCCCUUAAGUGGCAUGUCUUCUGAUGUCCUUUUUCUCAGUGUCUGGUGGCAGAAGUCAGCCCUGAAAUGUGGUGGUUCCAGCAAGGCCUCUCAUUCCUGCCUGUGGCGCUGGUUGUGUGGUCAGCAGCAUCGUUUGUGUUUUCCUACAUUACUGCAAUUGUCCUGCACCACGUUGACCCUUUGGUGCCCUACAUCAGUGAUACAGGGACAAUACCACCUGAAAGAUGCUUAUUUGGGAUCAUGUUAAAUGUUUCAACCUUCUUGGCAUCUUCCCAGGUAAACAAGGCCACUGCUCCCCAGCAGGAAUCUCACUGCCUGUGGCUGUCUUUGGCAGGGAUGGCCACCAUGUACGUCCGGUACAAACAAGUGUCUGCCCUGAGCCCAGAAAAACCCAAGAUCCUCAGGCUGAAUAAGCUGGGCCUCAUGCUGGGAUGGAUGAGCUGCUUUGGACUCUGCAUUAUUGCAAAUUUCCAGAAAUGCAUCCUGUACUACAUCCACGUGCUGGGAGCCUGCCUGACCUUUGGGGUGGGGUCCAUUUACAUGCUGGUUCAGACCAUCCUGUCCUACCUGAUGCAGCCAGAACUUCACAGCAAAGACAUCUUCUGGGCCCGCCUGGCCGUGUUCCUGUGGAGCUGUUCCAGCAUCUUGAGCAUGUUUGUGUCCUCGGUUGUGUUGUACAGUGGAUUGUAUGGACAGAACCUGGUGCAGAAGCUGCACUGGGACCCCCAGGAAAGAGGCUACACCCCCCACAUCAUCAGCACCGUCUCUGAAUGGUCUCUGGCAUUCUCCUUCCUCAGCUUCUUCCUCACCUACAUCCGUGACUUCCAGAAAAUCUCCCUGCGAGCCGUGGUCAGCCUGCAGGGCCAGACCCUGCAUGAAAGCCCUGGGAGCUUCAGGGCAGAGGAGCAGGCACUGCUCAUAGCAGGGAGCAUCUGAUGGAUGGAGAGAACUCAGGAAUUUAUUAGCAAUAACAGCUGUUAUUUCUAAACAUUUAUAUUAAAAAAAGUAUGAAGUGAUUGUCUUGUACUUGACAUCAAGGGCUUUGCACAGCUUUGCAAAUGUUACCAGUACUGUGAAUGAGUCUGUGACAUUUCUACAUUUUCCAAUGUUAUGAAGGAUUAAAUGAAGGUUAUUAAUGA